GGGCCCCAGAAGUCGACCACACUUCUCUUUCUUCUCCCUUGCGCUAGUUUCUGCGUCUCUGUGUCCUUGUUCAUUUAUUUUUGUGUGUUUAGCGACUACAGACAUGUCAGAGCUGGAGGGUCUGGAGUUUGGGAAGUCAGACUUUGUGCUCCUGGAUGAGGUGACGAUGGAGCAGUUCAUGGAGAAUCUGAAGCUGAGGUUUGAGAAGGGCCGCAUCUACACCUACAUUGGAGAAGUAGUCGUCUCUGUUAACCCAUACAGACAGAUGGACAUUUAUGGGAAAGAUACCAUAGAUGCCUACCGGGGCCGGGAGCUGUAUGAAAACCCUCCCCACCUCUAUGCAGUGUCUGAUGCUGCCUAUAAGGCCAUGAAGAGACGGGCCAAAGAUAGCUGCAUUGUCAUAUCAGGUGAAAGUGGGGCAGGAAAAACAGAAGCCAGUAAAUACAUCAUGCAGUACAUUGCAGCCAUCACGAACCCAUGCCAGAGGGCAGAAGUGGAGAGUGUGAAAAAUGUGCUGCUCAAGUCCAACUGUGUGCUGGAGGCCUUUGGGAACGCCAAGACAAAUCGCAACGACAACUCCAGCCGUUUCGGCAAGUACAUGGACAUCAACUUCAACUUCAAUGGCGAUCCCACUGGAGGACAUAUCAACAACUACCUGCUGGAGAAGUCCAGAGUGGUCCAGCAGCACGAGGGGGAGAGGAACUUCCACUCAUUUUACCAGUUACUGCGUGGAGGCUCCCCUGAAAUACUGGAGUCACUUCAUCUACAGAAUGAUCCUGCAGUUUAUGCAUAUACCAAAGAGGGAGCUGCAACUACGACUUCCAACAAUGAUCGGUCAAGCCACAAAGCAGUGAUGAGUGCACUAGAGGUGAUCGGCUUCUCGAAAGAGGAAGUUUAUUCAAUUUAUCAGAUCAUUGCUUCCAUUCUACUUUUGGGUAAUAUACAGUUUGAGAGUGAUGGUGAGAGCGUUCAGAUCCUGGGACUUGAAGCUGUGAAUCACAUCUCUGAGCUGACAGCCACAGAUCCAGAGAGCAUCUGUAAGAGCCUGCUUUACCGCACUGUGGCCACCGGGGGUGGUGAGGUCAUCGAGAAGGGCCACACGGAGCAGGACGCCUGCUUUGGACGGGACGCUUUUGCCAAGGCUCUGUAUGAGAGGCUUUUUGGCUGGAUAGUCGCCCGCAUCAACAGUGUCAUUGAAGUGAAAGACUACAACCCAGUCCUUCAUGGGAAAAACACUGUGAUUGGUGUGCUGGAUAUCUAUGGCUUUGAGAUCUUUGACAACAACAGUUUUGAACAGUUCUGCAUAAACUACUGCAAUGAGAAGCUGCAACAGCUCUUCAUUGAGCUGAUCCUCCGACAGGAACAAGAUGAAUAUGAGAGAGAGAGCAUCACCUGGCAGCAUAUUGAGUACUUCAACAACCAGAUCAUUGUUGAUCUCGUGGAGCAGCCACACAAGGGGAUCAUCUCCAUUUUGGAUGAAGCUUGCCUCACUGUUGGUAAAGUCACUGACAUGGUCUGCCUGGACAGCAUGGACACCAAACUGGCCCAGCACCCCCACUACACCUCCCGUAAGCUCAGCCCCUCGGACAAAACCAUGGACUUUAAGAAGCAUUUCCGUAUCCGCCACUAUGCCGGAGACGUCACAUAUUCCGUUGAGGGCUUUUUGGACAAAAACAAGGAUCUGCUUUUCCAAGAUUUCAAGCGCCUCAUGUACAACAGUGCCAACCCAGUCCUGAAGGAGAUGUGGCCAGAUGGUCAGCUGAGCAUCACAGAGGUCACCAAACGACCUCUGACUGCCGCCACCCUCUUCAAGAACUCCAUUGUGGCCUUGGUGGAUAAACUGUCCUGCAAGGAGCCAUACUAUGUGAGAUGCAUAAAGCCCAACGAGGGGAAGUCGCCGGUGCUGUUUGAUGAUGCUCGCUGUCAGCACCAGGUGGCCUACCUCGGGCUGCUGGAAAAUGUGAGGGUGCGCAGGGCAGGCUUUGCCUACAGACAGCUUUACUCCCGCUUCCUGCAGCGAUAUAAAAUGACGUAUGAGUACACCUGGCCGAACCACCUGAUGAGCUCCGACAGGGAGGCUGUGGAGGCUAUCAUCACCCACCACGGUUUCCAGGAUGACGUGGCGUACGGAAACACGAAGCUGUUUGUCCGAACGCCACGCUCUCUUUUCACCCUGGAGCAAGAGAGAGCCGCCCUCAUCCCCAUCUUGGUGCUCUUACUGCAGAAGGUGUGGCGUGGGGCUUUAGCUCGCAUGAGGUGCCGGCGGAUGAGGGCCAUCUACGCCAUAAUGGGCUGCUAUAAGCGCUACAAGGUCAAAGCUCACUUCUGGGAGGUGGAACGGAGGUUCGCUAAUGUGCGAAAUAUGGCUGACUAUCCUGCAGCUCUUUCCCAGUUUCACAACAAUACAGUCAUGCUCCAUCGCAGGUGGUGGGCGAGGCAGAUUGUGAAGAACAUCCCUCCGUCUGACAUGCUGGAGGUUCGGGCCAAAGUGGCAGCGCUGACUGCUCUGUGCGGAGAGAGGAAAGACUGGGGAGUCAGCAGAGCCUGGGAGAGAGACUACCUGGCCAACGUGCGAGACUGCCCUCAGACCAGCUCCAGCUUCAUUCGCAUUUCCAAGGAGCUAAGGAACAAAGACGAGUACAGUCAUGUCCUCUUCUCUGGCAUCUGCAGGAAGGUGAAUAGAUUCAACAAAAGCACAGACCGUGGCCUGCUUGUCACAGACAAGUACUUCUACAAAUUAGAGCCAAAGAAGCAGUACAAGGUGCUGAAGAGGCUUCCUUUAGAUGCAUUUACUGGACUAAGUGUGACCAGUGGCAUUGACCAGUUGGUGGUGCUACACACAUUCUCCCAGGAUGAUGUCCUGCUAUGUCUUCAACGAGGGGAGCUGUGUCCCAACCAGGACCGAGUGGGCGAGAUGGUGGGCGCAUUGGUGGACCACUUCACACGUAUAAGAAAAGUCCAUUUCCCUGUGAGGGUUUGCUGUUCAGCUGUGCAGCUUCAAAUGCGAAGAAAACUCAAGAUCGUCACUGUUGAAACCAAACCUGGCCAGAGCAGCGUGGACUUCAAAAAGAGCCGAGACGGAUUCAUCCUGCUGGUCCCCAGCAACUAAACGAGCCAUCCGGCCCAACCAGUAACAGCAUGGCCUCAUGAACCUGGCCGCUGCAGCUCAGUGAGGUUUGCUUAAGCAACAAUGAUAUUAGGACACUGUUGGUGGCAGGAAGCUUGUGUUCUUGAAAAGUUUAAAUAUUUUUUACAAAGGUUUCAAAGUAUUAACCCAGGGCAGAGUUUUAAUCCUGAGCUGCAGCGGGGCAAUAUUCACAGGUCAAUGACACAGAAACUGAAUGGUUUUGAAGGAAAAAUUGUGAAAUUUGAAUUUUUUAUGAUGUACAGAAACUCAGGACACAGCUGCAGUACAUACUGUAUAUGAAGUUACAUGUGACAUUUGAAGAUAUUUUUAAUUACAUCUUGAACAAAACCAUAAAAAAUGCACUUUCUUAAUGGAAAAAAUGUACAUCACCUUGCAUAAAUGCAACCAAGACAAAAUAUUUCUAUAGUAGUUAUAAUGUAAAUUGAUUCUAUAAGUCUUAUUUUUUGUGCAUUAUCUC